UGUAAAACGUACUUUUGUUGGAUCGAUAGUUUUGUGAUAAACAACUGUCGACAAUGGACGUUAAUUGGGAUAAAGCGCUGAAUAGGUUGCGAACAAUGCGGCUGCAGGGCCUGUACAGAGCGACGACGCGCAAGAAGUGCAUAGACGAGCAAUCGGACUCGUCGCUGGUGCGAUGCUUCUCGGCGCUGGACUUGACGGCCCUCGGGAUCGGCUCGAGUCUCGGGGUCGGUGUCUACGUGCUCGUCGGCAACGUCGCCAAGACCAUGACCGGACCGGCGGUCAUCAUAUCAUUCGCCAUAGCCGCUGUCGUCUCCAUGAUCGCAGGUCUGUGUUACGCGGAAUUUGCAGCCCGUGUCCCGAAAGCGGGCUCGGCUUACGUGUACAGCUACGUGACGAUCGGCGAGUUCAUGGCCUUCGUGAUCGGCUGGAUCCUGAUACUCGAGUACAUCAUAGGCUCGGCGAGCGUCGUCAGGGGCCUGAGCAAGUACGUCGACGCGCUCUUCAACAACUCCAUGAGCCUCUUGUUCCAAGCAGCCGCCCCGAUGAACAUAUCACACUUUUCCCAGUACCCCGACUUUUUCGCGUUUGGCGUUACGCUCGUUUUUUCCGGUGCACUGGCGUGCGGAGCCAAGGAAUCGUCCACGGCUAACAACAUAUUUACCCUGGUCAAUCUCAGCGUCGUACUGUUUGUCAUAGUGUCAGGAGCAAUCAAAGCCGAUUUUAAGAACUGGAAGAUCAAGCCGAACUGCCAGACCGAAAUUUGUAGGAAGGAGAAGGGCGAGGGGGGCUUCAUGCCCUUCGGCAUAGCGGGUGUGAUAAGCGGCGCGGCCACGUGCUUCUACGGGUUCAUCGGGUUCGACUGCGUGGCGACGACGAGCGAGGAGGCCAAGAACCCCAAGCGCGACAUACCGAUCGCCAUCAUCGCCUCGCUGACGGUCGUCUUCCUGGCUUACUUCAGCAUAUCCACGAUCCUGACCACGGUGCUGCCGUAUUACGAUCAGGACACGGACGCGCCCUUUCCCUACAUGUUCAAGGUCAUCGGCUGGGACUGGGCCAGAUACGUCGUCACGGCUGGUGCCAUAUGCGCCCUGUGUGCUAGUUUGAUGGGGUCGAUGUAUCCGCUGCCGAGGAUCAUCUACGCCAUGGCGUCCGAUGGAUUGAUAUUCAAGUCGAUGGGCAAGAUACACUCGCGCUUUCAUACCCCGGUCAUUGGCACCCUGUCGUCCGGACUCUUGACUGGAAUUUUAGCGGCAAUCUUCGAUCUGGAUGAGCUAAUUGGGUUGAUGAACAUUGGCGUGUUCAUAACGUAUUCCAUCGUAGCUGCUUGUGUAGUUAUACUGAGGUACGAAGAAAGUAAUUCUUUUGAGAAGAAGCAGGACAUUGAGUCGUAUUCCCUGCUCUCGGUUAUGAGUCAACUCGUCAAUUUUAAAAGACUGAACUACUCGACCAAGCUCACCUCUAAAAUAGUAACUUAUUUAGUACCUGUUUACUUUGUCAUUUGCUUUGGCGUGAGUUUACUUUACUCGACUUAUGAUGAUGAAAUCAAACACGGAAAUUUGUUAUUCGUGAUACCACUGACAGUACUUGUAUUUUUUCUAGUAUCUAUUCUAUUUUUCAUCUAUCUACAACCAAAAUGUGAUAGACACCUUAGUUUUAAGGUCCCAUUUGUUCCUUUCUUACCAGCAAUAAGUAUAUUGUUCAAUGUUUAUUUAAUGGUAAAUAUUAAGAUGCGAACGUGGAUUGAAUUUUUCGUGUGGAUGGCAGCUGGAUUUUGUAUAUACUUUUUGUAUGGCAUUUGGAAUAGUAACAUGAAUACAGCGAAGAAAACUGAAAAGGACAAUUUAAAAAAUGGCGAUCUACCAAAGUUCUAAGUAUACAACUAUAAAGAAGUAUUAUGUGC